AUGGAUAGUGCUUCCUUGAAACUACUUGCAACUUCAGGAGCACUGGAUGAGAUUUCCAAUGCGGAUGACGGUUCCAUGAUUGAGCGACGCAUUCUGAUGGUGGGUAGUCAGGGUGGGCUUGUGAAGGAUGGGGUGACGCAAAAGUCCGUGCUUUUCGUUAUAUAUCAGAGUGGGAGGUAUGGGCCUCAGAAUGGGUUUCGUGUUGCGCUAGUGCUGGAGGGGACGAGGGUGGAGGAAGCUAGGGAGAGGUUGAAGGGCGUGGUGGAGGAAGACUCGGAGGAGUUUGUUGUUAUUGAGCCUCGAUGA